GAUUCUGUGAUCACUGUCCCAUGUUAGUGUGCCAUUGUUAUACUUGUAGUUCUUUGGGACAACAAAGAAUGUUACCCAGCUCUAGCAACUUCUCUGGCCUUUUCCAUCGUCACCCCGUCCAGCACUCUCCACUUACAGGCUCCUCUUUGGUGCCUGCAGGCUUCAGCCUACCACCUAUCAAUGGCACAGCUCCCAGUGUACAGAGAAAAGACCCUGGUAGCGCCAUGAAGAAAACGGUCGUGAGAAAGCAGGACAUGGUGCCCUUACAGCCCAGUACGCCCACCCUCCAUGGAGAUGGCAGCUUCCCAUGCAGCUCCUCGGGGAACGGAAGAAGAAGGGACUCUUGAACAUCACACUGCUGGCUGAGUCCCAUUCAGAAGUCCUGCUCUGUCGGCUUCGUGAGAUUUGCUUGGCAGUUACCAGAGAGGUGACCAACCUCCGGUCCAACGUGUCCUGCUCUGCAGUUGUCACUCUGGGAGAGCUCUUUGCGAUCUUGGGGAAGGACAUGGACUCCGAGGUGGAUCAGAUUGCUGCAGUCCUUCUCCACAUGUUGCGGAACUCCCCAGAGUUUAUUCAGAAGGCAGCCUGUCAGAGCCUGGGCAUGAUGGUAGAGAACGUGACUCCUACACGAGCAAUGACUGCUCUCCUGGACAAUGGAGUCAAGAGCUGCUACGUCCCGGCACGGAAGUGUACGGCCGAACUCCUCCUGUCCUUGAUGGAGAAAAUGGGAGUCACGAAGCUUGCAGGCUCACCCAGGGCUGAGAGGCUGGCACAGGUGGCAGGGACACUCGCUCAGGACAGUCACAAGGACACGUGGUAA